CAACUGUAUUUAGUUUUGUAAGAAAUAAUCUCUUGUCAAAUUGCAUUGAUAGAUGAAAACUAAACUGCCAAAAAGAGGAAUGUCUUGAGUUCCCUCCCAUAUGUGACAGAGACAUGAUGAUAUUUUCACACAUUAAAAGAUAAUAAAGGCCUACUCAAUCUGUUGUAAGCAUCUUAUAUAUUGCCCUAUUCAGAGAAGCAAUGUGCUAAAAAUGUAUGUGCAAAAUAUUUGUUACAGUAAGUGUGCAUUAGCCUCAAGACAGUUGAGCCAUCAAAUUGUAAUUAAAUGCACUAGCCCAAAUUUUAAUCUUGAUCUAACUAUUAAGGAUGCAAUAAACAGCUACUCCGUUAACAUCUUUUUAAAUUCUGACUCGAUUAUUACUCGCUGCCAAGCAUGAGAUAGCCACCACUGAUGUACACUUUAAUUGAUUACAGUAUUUUAUUAACCUUUUGUGACCCAUUAUGGUUGCAGACGAAAGCAUGUCCAUUCCAUGAAAUGAUUCUGCCUGUAUGACUGUUGAGUGUCGUUUUUAACAUGUCGAGGAUAUAUUCAAUAUCCGUUUUCGAGAAAAAUGAAGGCACAACUCGCACGAUUGUUAAAAAUGUGUUGAAGAAAAUUCACACUUCAAGUUCGUGGCAAAUCAUGUGCGAGUCAUGCAUCAUUUAAAAUCAUGAUGUCAUUGGUAUUGAUUUGUUUGCCAAUAAAGAAGACGAAUGUCCCCCCACCGCCGGAAAAGGUUCAAGACCCAAUAUCAAUCAAUCGAACUCGGAGCAAAACACCUCUGACUUUAAAAAAUAAAUCUUAAAAAACAUAUAUUUUUAUGGUCAGCCUGAUAAUGACUAACACCAGUAUUGUCUAUUUAAACUACAAUUUGAUAGUGUAAACUUAAUCUAAACUAUCUUAUAUUUAUUAUUUGUAGAGGUUCCUGUAUGCGAGGGUGGCUCUUUUACACUUUUACAACCUCCUAACAGUCCAAACAGUAGCAUCAGCUUUACUGCUAGUUCAAUAGCCGCUAGUUCAAUAGCAUCCAUGGGCGUAUCUGAUUCAAGUACAGAUGAAAGUCCAGGUCCUUCAGAGUGCCGAAGUAGGCCUACAUGUCAAACUGCAUGGGCUACAUCUUAUUUAAUACCCUGGGAAAAAUUUCCGAAGUCAUUUUUAACAUCUUGUAAAAAUAAUCGGUCACCGUCACAGUCAGACAGAAGAGAGGUAGUUCGUAUUCUUGUUGAUGACAUAACAGGUGUAUGCAGCAGACCAACUUCAAGAGAUAUUUACAUAGUAUCAUCGAAACUUGUUGACACUUAUAAAACUUCACUAAUGGACAGAUUUGGUGACACAAGAAUCGGAAGUGGCUAUUCAAGUUUUAUCAAUAGAAUUCAAGACAGGUUAAACAAUUUGAACAGAAAAAGGUUGUCUUCAGGCUCUGGAUGUAGUAAGUCUCCCGCCACAAAAAGGGGCUAUGGAUGGUUAACCGAGGCCAUUUUUGAAGAAAUCCCAAGAGAAGAAUAUUUGGAUUCAAAAGAGUUUCUCAAAAGACAAGCUCGAUUCACAGAUGUAGAUUUUUCACUUAUUACUGAAGUAAUGAACAAAACUUAUCCCCUCCAAAGGGAGGAGAUUUCAAGGGGUGAUAUGUCAAUUGCUGAAAUAGAAAAAAACUGGCCAUUUCUUUUUACGAAAACCUGUGCACUAAAACACUUCGAAAAACUCACAGGUGUGAAUCUACCGCGUGAAUUUUUUGUUCAUUCCUCAUCAAAAAUUAAAACAUUGUUGAAGUAUAUGGAAAAGCUAGAAGGGUCAAGGAAAGAAAUAAAAAAAAUAUUUGAAGAAGUAGAAGAAUUUAAAAAAAUUACAGAGACCAAUUAUCCAGACACACAAUGUUUUGUUAAACUUAUAUUUUCUUAUUUCAAAGAAGAUGGAUUUCUCGAGUAUUAUCCUCAAAUGUGUGAUCAGAAAAAUAUUGAAGAUAAAGCAAGAACAGAAGGGGCACCAGUUAUAGCUGUGGUUGGCAACCUAUACACAAGCACAUUAUUCCAUGUAAUAGUUGAAAGUAAGUCUAUUCAAGUCUUAGAAAAGCUGGAUGAUGCUCUUUUGUUGAUGUUCGCUGUUUAUUACAUAUUAGAUCUGAAGUAUUUAAAGGCUGCGUCUUCCUCAUUAGAAUUUUUGCAACGGGUAUGUUUUGGGAUAAACCCGACAAGAGGAUCUAAAGGUGGAAAAAGAAAGAACACGCGUAACUCUGUUAAUGCUCAAGUGUUACAGUUAAUAUCAGAGCUGCGGGGUUUUGAAUUAGAUCAACUGGACUCUUAAAACUACUGUUGAAUUUGAGAACAUUAGGGUAUGUUUUGGUAUAAACUUGACAACAGGAUCAAAAGGUGGAAAAGAAAGAACACAAGAAACUGUCAAUGCUCAAGUAUAACAGCUAAUAUCCAAGCUGCGACGGUUUGAAUUAGAUACUUAAACUAUUGUUGAAUUUGAGAACAUUUAAUAAUUUUCUGCAUUUUCUGACAUCAAAUAUGAAAUUAAUCUCAUUUGUUUUUAUGAAGUUGGUAGAUAGUAUUAGCCAUUAUUUAAGUCAGUAACAUCCAAGAAUUUUGGAACAUCCAAUAAGAAAUGAAUCUCAUUUGUCAAUUUUGCAUGAAGGAAGUUGAUAGUAUAAGCCAUUAUUUGAGUCAUUAUCGGCUACAUAGAAAUAUUAAGAAUUUAAUAUAUCCCUGUUGCUAUCCAAAUUGCAAUGGUAAAUUUGUUCGGUUCACUUCUCUUAAGAGUCACAUUUCUCGUAAUCAUACUAAUAAAGAUUAUAAAGAUAAAGUCAUUGUUAGUGAAUAUGUUUGUAAUAUACCUGAAUGUCAAAAGAAUUUAAAAGGUAGGAAAGAACUUAUUAGUCAUAUGAAAAGUCACAUUAGUGAUUAUCAAUCAAUCAACUGUCCAGUUCAUGGAUGUACUGGUACUUUUAAAGUUAAAUCCUCUUUUACUUCACAUAUGUCACGGAAACAUCGUUGUUUACAAAAUAAUGAUAUUGAAAUUAGUUUUAAACCCAACCCAAUUAAUGAAAUCUCAGUAGAUGAUGACAAUAAUUCAGUUCUGGACAACAAUGGGUUUGAUGAGGAUAAUGAGGAAUUUGAUGUUAAUGCACUAACUACAACUGAGGAUUUUAAGCAUGUAUUAGGUUUAGCUUUGUUAAAAUUUGAAACAGUGCAUUUAAUUCCUAUAAGUACAAUAAAUGACAUAAUUUCAAAUA